AUGUCGUCAACCGAUGAUCAAAUCAUUCAAUAUGUACCGUUUAUGUCUUUUGUACAUCCUUCAUUCUGGCAUACUUUAACUGAUUUAAAACUAAACGUUGAUAGAUUAAACGAAAACACGAAACAAAUAUAUGGACGCUUUACAUAUCGAAAUGAUAUAGGACCUGUUUUUGAAGUUGAUGGAACUUCUUUUAACAAGACACCAGAACAAGAACACUCCUAUUUGAAUGUAACUGGAACUGUAAUGAACAAGAAUACAAUUGAAGAUUUCAAAAAUAUUGACAAAGCAUCACUUCUAAACAGUUUAGGAGAAAUUUUAUGGCAGAAUAUAAAAACUGGAUCAUGGAUUGACAAUCCCAGUUCAUUAUUAAACUUCUUCUUACUUUCAUUUGCUGACUUAAAAAAAUUUCAUUACUAUUAUUGGUUUGCAUUUCCAACUCCCAGUCAACCUACAGUAUAUCUAAAUGAAAAAAGUAGCCUAGCUUCAGCACAUUUUAAUAAUCAACAACUAGAUGAAAUAGCAGAGGAGUUCAAAAGUUUAGAAGCAACACAGAAAUACUUCUUUGUGAUUGCUAUUGAGGAUGACAAAUUAAAAGUACUUAAAAUAUCAGAUGUAUUUGAAAAAAGUCAAGGAUCCACAAAUAUGUAUUAUGCAUUUAUGGAUCCAAGUAAUACUGAUAAUCCAGGAUGGCCGCUGAGAAUACUUCUUGCUGCUGUAUUUGAACAUAAUCCAUUAUUAGCUAGAACUGUUACAAAAGUUGUAGGAAUAAGGAUGGACAAAAAUGGUUCAGUUGAAAACAGUAGAGUAUUUGUUAUAAAGGCACAACAGAAUCCUGAAUCGGGCAAAGGUUGGGUGGGAUGGGAACGAAACAAUAAGGGCAAUUUUGGGCCAAAGUUAGCAAAUAUGUCUGCAUCUAUGGACCCUGUGCGAUUAGCUGAUACAUCAUCAGAUUUGAAUAUAAGGUUGAUGCAAUGGCGACUGGUUCCCAAACUUAAUGUGGAUAUUAUGAGAAAUACUAAGUGUUUGCUACUUGGUGCUGGGACUUUGGGUUGUCAUGUGGCAAGAGAUUUAUUGGCUUGGGGUUUCCGACACAUCACAUUCAUAGAUAAUGGAAAAGUGUCAUUUUCUAAUCCAUCGCGACAAGUUUUGUUUAAUUAUGAGGACUGUCUAAAUGGUGGAAAAAUGAAAGCAAAUGCUGCCGCAGAUAACCUUAAGAAAAUAUUGCCAAGUGUUGUUAGCCAUGGAUCAGCUUUACACAUUCCGAUGCCUGGUCAUCCCAUUGGUGAAUCUCUUAAAGAAGAAACCAUUUCUAAUAUAAAACAAAUAAUUGAUGCCAUACAAGAACAUGAUGUUAUAUUUCUCCUCCUGGACACAAGGGAAGCAAGAUGGCUGCCUACUUUGAUUGCUGCACAUUAUGGGAAGAUAGCAAUAAAUGCGGCGCUAGGCUUUGAUACUUACCUAGUAAUGCGCCACGGUCUGGGGCUUGCAUCCGCGCCGAACGAUAUAAAGAACUCUCAUGUAGAUGGCGCUCAACUUGGCUGCUAUUUUUGCAAUGACGUCACAGCACCCGGUAAUUCGGUAAAAGACCGUACAUUAGACCAGCAAUGCACAGUGACUCGGCCGGGAGUAGCGGCCAUCGCUGGCGGAUUAGCCGUUGAACUCCUAGUUGGGCUGUUGCAACAUCCACUCGGAAUAAACGCCCCUGCCCCAUACAAUAUAACCCAAGAGGAUUCAUCUAUAGAUGGGGUUCUUGGCCCAAUACCUCACUCAAUCAGGGGUUUUCUCCAUACAUAUCAAAAUGUUACACCAACUUGUGGCAAAUUUAAACAGUGUAUCGCUUGUUCUGAUAUAGUGAUAGCUAAUUAUAGAAAUGAAGGAAUUGAAUUUCUUCUAAAAGUCUUCAAUAGUGGUACUUAUCUGGAGGAAAUAACUGGUUUACAAGAACUGCAUUUAAGUGCUGAGAUGGCUGACAUAUUGACAUUUUCUGAUGAUGACCAUGAAUAA